AUGGCGGAGCGCAAGACCGCGUCAGGUAGUGCGUACUACCUCCCCUCACCGAUGCUUCUGUCGCAGAACCAGAGUGAGGAACGGGCAAAGUUUGUCGUGGUGAGCGGUGGGGUGUGCAGCUCCCUCGGUAAGGGUAUCACGACUAGCGCCAUCGGUGCCUUGCUGCGCGCUGCUGGCUACCGCGUGUGCAGCAUCAAGAUCGACCCUUAUAUCAACAUUGACGCAGGACUCAUGAGCCCGUACGAACAUGGUGAGGUCUACGUGCUCGAAGACGGCGGCGAGGCGGACCUCGACCUCGGCAAUUACGAGCGUUGGAUGUCGGUCCAUCUGACACGCGACCACAAUAUAACAACCGGUAAGGUAUACCAGAAGCUGUUGACGAAGGAACGCGCUGGAGGCUUUUUGGGCAAGACGGUGCAACUCGUCCCGCACUUCACGAACGAGGUUGUGAACCACAUCUUUAAGAUCUGCCAGACACCCAUGAGUGGGUCGAACAAGCGGCCAGAGAUUUGCAUGAUUGAGCUCGGAGGCACGGUGGGCGACAUGGAAUCGCAACCCUUUGUCGAGGCACUGCGCCGCCUGCGCUAUUCAAUUCUGCCAGAGGACUUCUGUCUCCUGCACACGACGUACCUGCCGGUGUUUGGCGGAACGCAGAAGACGAAACCGACGCAGCACAGCUGUCGCGCACUGCUCUCCCUGGGGCUGCAUCCCGACUUCCUUGUCUGCCGCAGCGAGCAGCCGCUGGCUGCGGAUGUGAAGGAGAAGCUAUCGAACCAGUGCGGUGUGCAGAGCAAGGAUAUCAUCGGCGCCCCCAACGUUAGUUGUCUCUACGAGAUUCCCAUCGAGUUCGUUGACCAGGGCCUGAUCGAUCGUCUCUCGCACAAACUUCGUCUUCGGCCGAGCGUGCCGCCGAUGGAUGUGCCGACCUAUCAGACCUUCAAGAAGUUUGCGAAAAUUCUUCAGAACCCAAGUAACCAGAAGGUACGCAUCGCUUUUGUUGGCAAGUACGUGACAGGUGGGUCGGACGCGUACUUCUCUGUGCUUCAGUGCUUCGAACACUGCCAGCUUAUCCUCGGUAUCAAUGUCGAGGUCUUCUACCUGGAGAGCGAGGAGCUGGAAGGCGAGAACGCCGAGGAGGCAAAGGCGAUGCUGCUCAAGUGCGACGGCAUCUUCGUGCCUGGCGGCUUCGGUGUUCGUGGCAUCGACGGUAAGGUGAAUGCGGUGCGGCUGGCCCGCGAGCACAAUAUUCCGUACUUCGGCGUCUGCCUCGGCAUGCAGGUAGCCCUCAUCGAGUUCGCUCGCAACAAGCUUGGCUGGCAAGACGCGAACAGCGAAGAGUUCGACGCUUCCAGCACGCACCAGAUGGUUCGCAUCAUGGACGCAGAUCGAGAGCGCAUGGGUGCCAACAUGCACCUUGGAGCGCGUGAAGUGCACAUUGUGGAGUCGAACUCGCACAUGAGCGCCAUCUACUCUGGUGCCAAGGUUGUACUGGAGCGCCACCGCCACCGCUAUGAGGUGAACGCCAAGUACCUUGACGACCUACGCAGAGAAGGCCUCGUCAUCUCCGCCGUCUCAGACCCCGACGCUGGCGCGAGUCUGCGCGUCGAAGCCAUCGAAAAUCCGUCGCUCAAGUUUUUCUUUGCCGUGCAGUUCCACCCGGAGUUUGUCUCCACCCCGCUCGACCCUUCUCCACCCUACCUUGCCUUCUUCGCGGCGGCCGCUGGCAAGGAAGUCAAUUGGCCCGCCGAGUGCACCGGGCGCCGCCUGCCCGUCUCUGAUCAAUCAAGCCAAGUGAGCAGUUAA